AUGUGGGUCAUCACCGUCAUCUCUGUGGCCUGUCUGCUGGUCAGUCCAUCCCUAGCUGGGAUCAAAGACCUCAGCUCCCACUUCACUGAACCUGAACCGGAGCCCAGAGGCUUUGACGCAGGGGGGGCAACAGAUAUGGAGGCCGUCCCCUUGGAGUUCCACAAAGAAAACACUGUCACCAAUGACCUGAUUUUUGAUGGCUUCGAGGACGAAGAUUAUAUUGAUUUUGAAAAGAUCCUGGCUGCUGGCAGUGAUGACUACAUUGAAGGGGACGAGAUAGAUGACAUUGCCACACCAGCCCCAGACAUUGACAUCUUUGCCGAACCCUCUGACCCAAAGAUCCGCCGUGCCAGACUCCUGCGACUGUUCCAUGGUCGGUCUCGCCUCCAGCGCCUCAACAUUGUGAACGCCCAUUUCGGCUUCAACCUCUAUCGAAGUCUUCGUAACGAUGUCAACCAGACUGACAACAUCCUGCUAGCACCCGCUGGGAUCUCCAUCGCCAUGGGGAUGAUGUCUUUGGGAGCAGGACCUGGAACGCACGAUCAGAUCUACAAAGCUCUGGGAUUCGCCGAGUUUGUCAAUGCCAGCCAUCACUAUGACAACACGACAGUGCACAAGCUCUUCAGGAAGCUGACGCACAGGCUCUUCAGGAGGAACUUUGGUUACACGCUACGCUCUGUUAACGAUGUCUACGUGAAGAAGGAUGUCACAGUGAAAGACACGUUCCGUACAGAGACAAAGGCUUAUUAUUUUGCAGAGCCACAGUCAGUGGACUUCAGGGACCCGGCCUUUCUGAACAAGGCUAACCGUCGCAUCCUAAAGCUGACCAAAGGUCUGAUCAAGGAACCGCUCAAGACUGUGGACCCAAAUAUGGUGCUGAUGCUGCUCAACUACCUGUACUUCAAAGGUACAUGGGAACAGAAAUUCCCUAAAGAAAUGACUCACUAUCGCAACUUCCGAGUUACUGAAAAGACAAAUGUACGCGUGCCAAUGAUGACCAACAAAGGAAACUAUCUGGCUGCUGCCGACCACGAACUAGAUUGCGACGUCCUACAGCUCCCUUACACAGGACAAAUCAGCAUGCUCAUCGCCUUGCCCAGGAAGAUCACUGGCAUGAGGACCCUGGAGCAGGAGAUCUCUCCCACUGUUGUCAACAAGUGGCUCAAGAACAUGACAAACAGAACUCGAGAGGUGGUGUUACCUCGGUUUAAACUGGAGCAGAACUACAACUUGAUUGUAAAUAUGAAGGAGAUGGGCCUCACUGACUUGUUCCAGGAGGCUGGAGAUUUCUCUGAAAUGACCUCUGAAAAGGUUUUCAUGAACUGGCUGAAGCACCAGGGAACCAUCACUGUGAAUGAGGAGGGGACUGAGGCUGCUGCCCUGACCCAGGUGGGCUUCAUGCCCCUCUCCUCUCAGAUCCGCUUCACCGUGGACCAUCCCUUCCUCUUCCUGAUCUACGAGCACCGCACAGAUUGCCUUGUGUUCAUGGGCCGGGUGGUCAAUCCUUCGCAGAGCUAAAUCUGACCCAAAGGCACUUUGGCUAAACUAUUAGCCUACAAAUCCCAAGUUUGGUUUGAUAUUCCAACUAAAACAUUUCUGAUUUUGGUGUUUUUUAAUAAUCAACGACUUUUAUUAGUACAAUAUGUGCAUGUAACUUCCAGUAAUGAGUCUUUAUGUGUAUGUAGUCUCUUACUCAACAUUUAAACUUUUUGUUAUUUCUCAAAGUGCUGUGAGUCUGUCUGAGUGUAUCAAUGAAAGUUUGUUAUCUGUCUGUUAAUGUUUUAUCUUGUGCAAUGAAGCAAGUGCAGAAAUGUACUAAAAAAACUGACAUUAUGUAACCCUCACUACCCUAAUGUGAUAUUGUAAUAAGUGCAGAAAGACUAUGGAAACAAGAAUAACACCAAGAAGGGGAUAAUAAAAUAAUAUAUAAAACUACAA